AUGACUACCAAGCCUGUGAAAGCUGACGAUGAUAUCGACGCACUUGAAGCUCUAGAGUCUGAAGAGAAAGAGUACCUGAAAGAUGCUGAGAUUGAUCGAAUUUUAAAAGCUUUCCGUCUAGAUGCCUACGCAGUCCUCGACCUCCAACCUGGUGUGCCCGAAUCCGACAUCAAGAAAUGCUACCGCACCAAAUCCCUCCUAAUCCAUCCGGACAAAACCAAGAAUGCGCAGGCUCCGGAGGCCUUCGACCGAUUGAAAAAGGCGCAGACGGAAUUGAUGGACGAGAAGCACCGCGAGCGCCUCGAUGAAGCCAUCGCUGACGCACGCAUGCUCCUUAUCCGCGAGAAUAAGUGGACGGUGGACAGCCCCGAGCUCAAGACGGCCGAGUUUGCGAAGGACUGGCGGGAGAAAACCAAGAUGGUGCUGAUUGAUAACGAGCAUAGGAGACGCCGACAGGUCAAGGCGCAGAUGCAGGAGGAGGGCCGCGAGCAGAAGAAGCAGGAUGAGGAGCUCGAGGCGCGGAAGCGCAAGAGGGAACAUGAGCAGGACUGGGAGAGUACGAGGGAGCAGCGGAUCGGUAGCUGGAGGGACUUUCAGAAGGGCGGGGAGAAAAAGAAGAAGAAGAAGGCGAAGCCCAUUGGUUAA